AUGAAGCCUAUCCAGAACGUUGCACUCUUGGGGAAAGGAUGGCUGGGAUCCGCAAUCUUAGAGCAGCUUGUGAAUACUGGCUUUCAAGUUACAGUGCUGAGUCGCGGAGCAGGGUCGGUAGAGGAGCCCCCUAGUAGCGUCAAGACUGUGCAAGUCGAUUAUUCGUCUAUUGACAGUCUUGUAGCUGCUCUCCAGGGCCAGGAUGCUGUGGUGUCUACUGUUGGUACGCCCGGUAUUAGCGCACAGAAGACGGUCAUUGAUGCCAGCAUUCAGGCUGGCGUCCGACGUUUUAUCCCUUCCGAUUUUGGGGCUCUCACGACGAGACCUAGAGCAGAGUCACUUCCCCUGAAUGCCUUAUGGGUAGAUAUCCAGGAUUAUCUCAAAGAGAAAGCGUUGCGUGGAGAGAUCGAGUACACUCUCUUUGCUGUUGGGCCCUUUUUGGAAUUUGUUAUGUCGAUGCCGUUUUUGACCGAUCUGCAAACCCAUAAUGUCCCGCUCUAUGACAACGGUGUGCAUAGUUUCAGCUCUACCAGGGUGUCAAGUGUCGGAAAAGCCGUCGCCGGUGCUUUGAAAAAUGCCACAGCGACCAAGAACCGCCUGGUCAGCGUUCAUGACAUUGUUCUGACUCAAAAUAAAGUUCUGAGUUUAGCAAAGAAGUACUCAGGGCCUGAUGUCAAAUGGGUCGAGAUACCAGCGGACGCAGCGGCUGAACUUGAAACAAUUCUUGAAAACACCAAGCAAGGCGACCUGGACCUCUUCAAAACGCUUGCACUGCUGAAAGCUGCACUGUUGGGUGGCAAGUUCGAAGCUGAGUUCAAAAUUUUGGAUAAUGAUCUUGUUGGAGUCGGCCUGCUUUCUGAUGAUGAAUUUGAGAGGAUUUUUGCCACGGCCUUCACGCCAAGCCAAAUUAUUGCGCAAGAGGGUCUUCAGGCAAAUAUUGAAGGGAUUCAAGGCGAGGCUUAG